AUGCCGCAUGAAGACGACCCUUUCAGCGACCUGGCGGCAGGCCUGACGCCCACUCUCCCUGUCAGCGCUCCCAGCGGGCAGCCCGUGUCACCCCUUGGCGCCGGUCACGCCCCACCCGGCGCGGCCCCCGCUGGCGACGACGCCGCGCCCGAUCCCGCAGCCCGGUUCGCGGCGCACGUCGCCGCGGCAUACAGCAGCGACCAGCCGUCCUUGCUGUCGGCGCUGGCCAUGGCCAACAUCCCAUUGGACGACUCGCCGUCCCCGAGCUUCACCGACGUGGCGCCUGCGGCGUCGCCGAGCGGCGGCGGCGCCUCGGCGCUGCCUGAACACCCGGCGCCGGGCCCCGCCACAGCGCCGCCCGCGCCCGCGUCGGACGGCGGCGGCGCAGGCGCGCCUUUGGACGGCGCGGCGCUGCUGGACGAGCUGCUGCAGGCCAGCGCCAGCCAGGCGGGGCCACCCCUCAAGAUCAGCAUCAGGGACCCUGAGCGGGUGGAGGUGUCGCGCAUGGGUGUCCCCGUGGGGGCGUUCCUCACUUACCUCGUCCGAACCGAGUCGCCGGAGCAGCCCGGAAAGGUUGUGGAGGUGCGGCGGCGGUUCACUGACUUUGACCAGCUGCACAAGGUCCUGAAGGAGCGCAACAGGGGCUUCUUCUUCCCGCCGCUCCCUGAGAAGGCUUUUUUCGAGUCCAGGCUCGGGUGGACCGACAACCUCGUGAAAGUGCGGCGCGUCGACCUGCAGGCGUACAUGCGCACGAUCUCAGGCCACCCGGUGCUGCGGGCCUGCGAGGAGCUGCGGCUCUUCCUGUCGCACCCGGACGACCUCUCAGCCUGCGCCCGCUGGCAGCAGAUGCUGCAGCACCCCGCGGGCGACGCGCUGAGGGCGGCCCUCUCGGGGCUCGGGAGGGAGGGCAACGCGGAGAGGGCGCUCGACCGGUCCCUCAGCGGCGGCCUGGGCGGCGGCGGCGGCGGCGGCGGGCCGUCCGCCAACGGGGCUGCGGCCGCCGGCGGUGGCGGCGGCGGCGGCGGGGGUGGGCUGUCGUUCAGGAUGUUGCGGGUGAAGCAGAGCCUGAUGGGCGUGGUGGCUCAGAAGACCCGGCGGCCGCAGGCCGCGCUGCCGCCGGAUGAGGCGCAGCUGCGGCAGGCGAAGGAGCAUUUCAAGGAGCUCAUGGUGCACCUGUCAAACGCCUCAGCCACGGCGCGGUCCCUGGUCAGCAACAUGGAGGCACUCUGCGAGGACGUCGGGGCGCUGGGGAAGGGCUUUGGCGCGAUGGCGCGCUUCGAGGAGGCCAGCUCCAGCAUCAGCGGGCAGUACACGCCGUGCGGCCACGCGGCGACGCGGCGGGCGGCCGACCUGCAGCGGGUCGGGACCGCCACGGGUCACGCGCACGGCGUCAUGAAGACGUUUGCCCUGCGCACCGCGGCCAGCCUGGUCUUCCUCCAUGACUACCACGUGUUGGUCCCCGAGGCCAUCUCUGCCCUGGAGGAGCGCGAGGCGGCCCUGGCCGUGGUGGAGCUGCUGCGGGAGGAGCUCGCCGACAAGGACGCCGCGCUCACCAGGGCGCAGCAGCACGCGGCGGCGGCGGGGGCGGCGCACUCGUCGCAGCAGCAGCAGCAUCAGCCGUACGGCGCGGAGCGGGGCUGGCCGGGGCUGCUGCCGGGGUCGCCGCCGCAGGGCCGGCAGGACCAGGUGGCGGCGCAGCUGCGGGGCGCGGUGUCGCAGCUCCAAUCCGGGGUGACGCAGCUGCAGGCGGGCGCGCAGGAGAAGAAGGCGGCGCAGCUGGCCGGGGCUGUCACGCAGCUGCAGGUGCGGGGGCGCGGCGCGGCGGCGCAGCGGUGCGGCGGCGCGGCGGAGCAAAUUGAGGCUGCCCAGGCGCACUACGAGCUGCUCAAGAGCCGCAACCUGUCAGAGCUGGAGCGCCUCAACCUCGAGAGGGCCGAAGACUUUGGGACGGCCCUGGCGCACUUUUCGAGGGUGCAGGCCCAGCUGGCGGCCGCGGUGGCCGAGGUUAGCGUCGAUGAUCCCAAUCGUGAUGCUGUGCGGCCGUCGGCCGCCUCCCUCGCCUUCCCUGUGUAUGUGGAUGGCCGGGAGGUCUCAAGGCGGGCGGCGGACUUUGACCAGCUGCACAAGCUGCUGAGGCGGCAGUACAGGGGCUUCUUCUUCCCGCCCUCCCCGGUCAGGAGCAAGCCGGCGCCCGGGUCGCGCGCGGCGCGGCGCCAUGCGUCCAUCCAAGAGCGGCGGAUGGAGCUCCAGGUGUUCCUGCGCGCCAUCGUCGGCCACCCCGCCCUCCGCUCCUCAGAAGAGCUGCGCCUCUUCCUGCUGCACCCCGACGACCUCGCGACCUGCGCGCGCUGGCAGGAGCUGCGGCGGCGGCCGCAGCCCGAGGGCGCCCGCGCGCUGCUGGCCGGCCUCGAGUUGGGCGAGGACACCCCGGCGCCCUGCCCCUCUCCCUGCAGCAGCGCCGGCGGCGGCCGCCGCAGCGACUGGAGCUUCACGAGCGCCGCCAGCAGCAGCAGCGGCGGCGGCGGCAGCGGCGCCUUUGCGGUCGGCAGCGGCCCGUCGGUGCUCGGCCGUGGGAUGGUCGGGCUGUCGUUCACCUCGAUGCGCGCGAAGCACUCGCUGCGGGGGAUGCUGGCGCGCACCCCCGAGCAGCCGCAGUCGCCGCAGGAGAUGGAGCUGAGGCAGGCAAAGGACAUGCUGAGGCACCUGCUGGAGCACCUGACAGUCGCUGGCGCGGCGGCCGAGGCAGUGGUCGACCGCAUGGAGGGUCUCUGCGAGGACAUGCGCGCGCUGGGGGAGGGCAUGGCGGCGAUGGCGGCGUUCGGUGACAUCACUGGGCGCGACGGUGACAUCUGCGGUGCCGAGGGAGGGCCCGACGCGGCAGAGCGGACCGACUCAAUGUCGCGCCAGGCCAACAAGGCACUGCAGGCGUUUGCGCAGAAGACGAGCGCCGGCCUGGCCUUCCUGAGGGAGUGGCAGGUGUUGGUCCCCGAGGCCAUCUCAGCUCUGGAGGAGCGCGAGGCGGCCCUGGCCGUGGUGGAGCUGCUGCGGGAGGAGCUCGCCGACAAGGACGCCGCGCUGACCAGGGCGCAGCAGCACGCGGCGGCGGCGCUGCGGCGGGCCGGCGCGCGGGGCGGCGAGGCCGAGGCGGAGGCCGCGGCGGGGGACGGGUUUGCGAUGGCGGCGGUUCAGGAGAAGCUGGCGGCGCAGCUGGCUCUGGAGGUUGAGGAUAUUAGGGAGCGCCUGCAGGCGGCCCUCACCCUCUACGAGCUGCUCAAGGGCCGCAACCUGUCAGAGCUGGAGCGCCUCAACCUCGAGAGGGCCGACGGCUUCACGGCGGCGCUGCGCAAGUUCUCGGGGGUCCAGGCGCAGCUGGCGGCCGCCGUCGCCGAUGCCUGGAGCACGGCUGCCUGA